GAUGUUUUCUCAUCUAAACAUACUCGUGACAGUACUGUUACUGACUUCGAUACUGAGUUUCGGUUUUGCAUCUAUGGAUACGGUUCCAUCUAUUCAUGGUUCGGACAAAACCAGGAUGUGGGUCAAACGGAUUGUCAGAUCUUCACGAGGGCCAUGGAUAGAAGGUUUCAAAUCGAUUCUCCACACCUCUGAAUCCUCCUGUGCGGAUGAAGUCGCGGUGUUAACAGAAGCCAUCGAGUCUGGCCAAGAAUGGGCUCUGCAAAUGCUGGAUGCCUCUUCGAGUUUUCAGUCUGGAUUUAUGAAAGGAAACUUUAGAGACAUCGGAAUGUACGACGAGUGCGUCGAAGUCAAUGGGCAAUUCAACCACGUCAGUAUUCGGGGUAAGCACUGCAUGGUUUCUCUGAAUUCGAUGUCUCCUACAUCCACUCUGGUUGACAGUUAUGAUUAUCUCCGCAUUUUUUCAUCAAUUUGUGUUCCAUCGUCGUGCAAUGAGACUCAUGUUGAGCAGAUCGUCAAUUCCAUUAUUGCAAACACACCCGCUAUCAGUGACUUGGAAUUAGAAGUUAGUAAAGCGUCUUGUGAACAAGUGGGAUCUGAUGACUUUAGUGCUGGAGAAAUUUGCACACUAACUUUUUUUGUGGCCGUUGUCGUUUUUAUGACUGCUUGCACCAUCUGCGACUUUGCGAGAACACGCAAGCCGACAGAAGCAUCUACUUUGAUUAAUACAUUGGCGAAAUUCUCCCUCUACACCAAUGCACUCGCUAUUUUAAGUACCAAAGUCAAACCUGAUACGCUGCAAGCGAUCGAAGGUAUCAGAGUUCUGAGUACGUGCUGGAUCAUACUGGGUCAUAGUUUCAUCGCUUUAUCGAUCAGGCCGAUUGUCAAUACAUUCGAAAUCUAUAAAUGGUUGAUUUCAUGGGCAUCGUUGUACAUCGAGGCAGCGCCAUUAGUAGUCGAGACCUUCUUUUUAGUGAGCGGAUUUUUCACGGCUUACAGCUAUCUUAAAGCUAUGAAAUCGGGAAGACGAAUCAGUUGGCCAAUGUUCUACCUUCAUCGUUACCUCAGAGUGACGCCAUCCAUAGCCGCCAUUGUCUUGUCCGUUACAUUUCUUGCACAUCGCACUGGAAGCGGCCCCCAAUGGACAGCUUUGACUACAAUGGGCGUAGAAAAUUGCCGAGAAAAUUGGUGGAUUAAUUUCUUAUACCUUCAGAACUUGGUGGAUCCAGAAUAUUCGUGUUUACCCCACACCUGGUACCUGGCUGUUGAUAUGCAAUUAUUUUGGAUAUCUCCAAUCGUCAUAUAUCCACUUUGCCACUGGCCAAAAUAUGGAAUCGGAAUACUCGGCUUCUUCCUCCUCGCCUCGAUUGUUACACCAGCCGCCGUUCUGGCUAUCAAUGGUUACACUAACAGAUUAUUUACCGCGCGCGUAGAUUUGGGACAAAUAGUCUUAAUUGACCUCUUCAAAUUCUACAUGGCAACUUACAAUCGAGCCACCGCCUAUUUCCUCGGAAUUUUCUUGGGUUACGACGUAGCGACUAAGAAGAGGCAGCUUACGAAGGUGAACGUAUUGAUCAACUGGACUGUAACCGCUGUACUUGUUCUAUUUUGUGCAUGUGGUGUCCAUUUCAACUACCACAAUGAUUUUGCGUACAACCGUCUGCUGGAAGUUAUACUCGCACUCACGUUACGUCCGUGUUGGUCGAUUGCCAUUGCUUGGAUCAUUUAUGCAUGUACUCACGGAUACGGAGGGUUCGUUAACAGAUUUUUGUCGUGGCCGUUCUUCCGGCCCGUCAGUCGGUUGUCACUUUCCAUUUACUUGAUGCACAUUUUACUCCAAUUUAUGAGGAGCGCGGUCGCACGGACUCCUAUAGCGUUUUCGAAUUCCUUGCUGAUUUAUGAAUCUUUUAUUGAUUUGGCGCUUUCAAUCGUCGUGGCUUUUAUGCUGACCUUAUUCGUCGAAUAUCCAAUGAUUCUGUUGGCAAAAAUUUUCGUCAAUUCCAUAUCAGAGUCUAACCCAGUCACCCCGGCGCGAAGCACCGGCAACGAGCGGCAGGUUAACGAGGCAGGAGUGUAA